AUGCACACACACACACACACACACACACACACGACCCCGGGGCCUUUUGACGGCCCCCAAUGGCCCUACCAGGCCCCACGGAGCACGUACCUGUCGGUGGCCGUGCUGAUGGGCUUCGUUGUGGUCUUUGCCUCGGUUGUGAACACCUUGGUCAUCGUGGUUUCCAUCAGGUACAAGAAGCUCCGGUCGCCCCUGAACUACAUCCUGGUGAACCUGGCCGUGGCCAACCUGCUGGUGACGCUCUGCGGCAGCUCCGUCAGCUUCUCCAACAACAUCAACGGCUUCUUUGUGUUCGGCAAACGGCUGUGUGAGCUGGAGGGCUUCAUGGUCUCCCUGACAGGUAUCGUGGGGCUGUGGUCCUUGGCCAUCCUGGCCUUCGAGCGGUACAUUGUGGUCUGCAGACCCCUGGGAGAUUUCCGGCUCCAGCACCGGCACGCCAUCAGCGGCUGCGCCUUCACAUGGAGCUGGUCACUGCUCUGGACGACCCCACCGCUCAUGGGCUGGAGCAGCUAUGUGCCCGAAGGUCUGAGAACCUCUUGUGGGCCCAAUUGGUACACCGGUGGCAGCAACAACAACAGCUACAUCUUGGCCUUGUUUGUCACCUGCUUUGUGAUGCCCCUCAGCCUGAUCCUCUUCUCCUAUGCCAACCUGCUGAUGACCCUGCGGGCAGCUGCGGCGCAGCAGCAGGAAUCAGACACAACGCAGCAGGCAGAGAGGGAGGUGACGCGCAUGGUGAUCGUGAUGGUGAUGGCCUUCCUCAUCUGCUGGCUGCCUUACACCACGUUUGCCCUGGUGGUGGCCACCAACACAGACAUCACUAUCCAGCCAGCUCUCGCAUCCCUGCCCUCCUACUUCUCCAAGACAGCCACGGUUUACAACCCAAUCAUUUACGUCUUCAUGAACAAACAGGUGAGAGAGAAAAUCAUUCACUAACGAAACCA